CACCGUUACCCGCCAAUCAGGCUCUUCCUUGUUACGAAGUCAGAGUGGGAGAAGUGAUGUUCUGUGAAGUUGCGUUUUGCACAGGGACUAAAAUAUUGAGCUAGUUGUUUGCAGUUGGGCCGCAAAAUGAGCUCAAUCGGAACCGGGUAUGACUUGUCUGCCUCGACCUUCUCACCUGAUGGCAGAGUAUUUCAGGUUGAGUAUGCGAUGAAAGCAGUAGAAAACAGCAGCACAGCCAUUGGAAUCCGAUGCAAGGAUGGCAUUGUGUUCGGCGUUGAGAAGCUCGUCCUCUCAAAACUAUACGAAGAAGGAUCCAACAAACGCAUCUUUAACAUCGACCGUCAUGUUGGAAUGGCUGUGGCUGGCCUUCUGGCUGAUGCCCGCUCUCUCGCUGAAGUGGCCAGGGAAGAGGCCUCCAACUUCCGCUCUAGCUACGGCUAUGACAUCCCCUUGAAGCAUCUUUCAGACAGAGUGGCCAUGUAUGUACAUGCUUACACGUUAUACAGUGCUGUGCGUCCAUUUGGCUGCAGUUUCAUCCUGGGGUCACAUGAUCAAGAUGAUGGACCACAGCUGUAUAUGGUAGAUCCAUCAGGGAUUUCAUAUGGUUAUUGGGGAUGUGCCAUCGGUAAGGCCAAGCAGGCAGCCAAAACGGAGAUCGAGAAGCUUCAGAUGAAAGACAUGACCUGUCGGGAGCUGGUGAAGGAGGUGGCCAAAAUAAUCUACAUUGUACACGACGAAGUCAAAGACAAAUCCUUUGAGUUGGAGCUGAGCUGGGUUGGAGAAGUGACAAAAGGAAGACAUGAGAUGGUUCCCAAAGACAUCAGGGAGGAAGCGGAGAAGUAUGCAAAGGAUGCCUUGGAGGAGGAAGACGACUCUGAUGAGGACAACAUGUAAAGCCCAUCCAGCCCCAGCAGAAAGACGCAUUUACCCCUCAAGACUUAAGCGCCGCUUUACAUGUAGUCCCCAAGUGGACUACCCCAGACUCACAGGGCGACCGAUCUUCUUAUUUUGUAUGUUUUAUAGACCGUUGGACCAUUCACUUCUUUGUUUUUUUUGUUUGAAUUCUCUGAUUUUGGACAUCAUAUAAAAAAACUGUUAGAAAAAGAA